AGAAGAUAUAAUAAAAAUGAGGUUGUUAGGGGUUUGUCUCCUGGUGCAGGUUUUAACUGGGAGCAUUAUUCUCCAGGACCCAGAGCAACAAAGGCAGGACAGGACUCCUAUAGUUCUUUGGCAUGGUAUGGGGGACUCAUGCUGUAAUCCGUUCAGCAUGGGUUCGGUUAUAAACCUUCUUCAGGAGAAGAUACCAGGAGUAUACGUUCUCAGUUUAAUGAUAGGUAGUAAUGUGAUACAGGAUACUGAGAAUGGUUUCUUUAUGAAUAUAAACGAUCAGAUCUCUGAGGCCUGCUCCACAAUCAGAAAUGACUCCAGGUUGACAGGAGGGUUCCAUGCUGUUGGAUUCUCUCAGGGAGGAUUAUUCCUACGUGGACUUGUUCAACGAUGCGGAGAUCUCAAGGUUCGAAACCUAGUUUCAAUAGGUGGACCUCAACAAGGAGUGUACGGACUACCCCACUGCCUUGGUGAAGAUCAUACAAUUUGUGAUUAUAUAAGAAGAUUACUCAACUACGGAGCAUACACUUCCUGGAUUCAGAGAUUACUUGUACAGGCCCAGUACUGGCAUGAUCCACGAGCUGAAGAGGAGUUCUCGGAAAAAUCACUGUUCCUAGCAGAUAUUAACAAUCAAGGUGAGAAGAUGAACCCUGAGUAUCCUCUAAACCUGGAGAAACUAGAAAACCUUCUCCUUGUUAAGUUUUCCAGAGAUUCGAUGGUGGAUCCAAAAGAUUCUGAAUGGUUCGGAUGGUUUGAUCCAGCAGACGGUUUAACCAUCCUACCUUUCAACCAAACCAAACUCUAUACACAGGAUAGGAUAGGACUCAGGAAACUAGAUACGGUUUAG